AGUGACUUUCAUCAGCUGUGCGGGGUAAUGCCAGGAAGCGAGUGUCUUUUUGGAAACAAUACCGUGUGGUGCUAAGCGGCGGCGCCUCAGGUUGCAAGCCCGGGGACUUUCCGGCUCCCGCUCUUUCCGCUGGCGGCUCUUGUUGGCGCUUCAGCAGCAAGUAGUAGACCUGAUGAAAGGCGGGAUCCGUUUCGGAGAUCGCCGCUUUGAAUAAGCGACCAGGACUCCUGGAUCUUGUCUCCGGAGUACGAUCGUAAGCUUCUGCAGCUGUUCUGCCCGGGCAGAGGCGCAGUGGGGGCAACAGGUGAAAUGGAUCCCCCUGUUUACCUGGAAGAUGAUUUUUCCCAUUUGGAUGGGUUAGAUGACGAUGUGUUCCACUCUGAUGACUGUGAACUGGUCAGUCAGUCCAGCAAGAUGGCCUUUCGUGGCAUUUUCACCCAAAGCAAAUCUUACAACUGCCUCCUGGGCAGGUUCCAGCUCUUCCCACUUACACAUUGUUGUGGCCCUGGCAGCAGGCAUGCCAAACAACAGGACAAGGCAACACAAACCCUCAAUGCAUCCUCUUCCAGCCAGGAUAUCAUGUUACCUUGUGGAGUCACUGAAGAGCCUCAGAGACUCUUUUAUGGAAAUGCUGGAUACCGUUUACAUGUCCAACCAAUCGGUUUCACAUUGAAUCCCCAUCUCCAGGAGGAACCUCAGGAAAGUCUGCAGGAAUUGCGUACCGAAGUUCAGAUUGCACGGAAGUUACAGUGCAUUGCAGAUCAGUUCCACAGGCUUCAUCUACAGAGGCACCAGCAGAACAGAAAUCAGGUCUGGUGGCAGAUCCUUCUCUUCCUCCAUAACUUGGCCUUGAACGUGGAAGCCAACAGACAACGUGUGGGUCAGAGGUGAGACAUGCCCUCCCUCUUCCAGGUUCCAUCCAGUCUGCUGGGAGCACCAAACAAACCCAGGUUAUAAAUGCGUGUGCCACUGGACAGAUGUGAGGCUCCUGUGGACCCUGCAAGGGUGCUAGUUGUUGUACAAAAGACUUGUUUUCAAUGGACUCGCCUUCUGACUCCCUUGCCUUCUGUAGUGGGGAGCUUUGGUCCAACACUGUUGAAGAAAGAUCUUCCCAAAUUGUCUGGCUUAUAAUCAAGGUCCAAGGAGGAGCUGAUGUAAGGAAGCUUUGGAAGAGUUGGUGAUGGACUGUUGGUGAUAUUCUAGGAUCGAGGUUUGGGGCAACUACCAGAUUCCUGAUAAGUAAACUUCGAAGAAACUCUUGUUAACAAGCAACUGUGAAACAGCAUAUAGAAUAUGUACAACGGAAUCCUAACAUUUUAAAUACUGGAGAUACUGGUGUAAACAAGGAGUGAGUCUUGAAUAAUAACACCCAAUCAUUACACUCAGGAACAUAUAGGCUCCCCUCCUGUCUUUUAACUCAAGUCAGAAAAAUGCAGUUAACUUUCUUAUCAAAUGUAACUUUCUUUACUACUCUAAAGCUGUAAUCCUUAUAGUAAUAAAAUAAGCCAUUAUCCAACCAAUAGGAUUUCUUAGCUUUCCUUCCCUAAGGAGAGAAGAAAGGUUUGUCCUUGGAGAGAAAAAUCCAGCUUCACAAGGACCUUCCCUAAAGCUACAAACUCUCUGCAGUUGGUACUAUGAAGGUCAGGAUGG